AACCGUCUCUACUUUCAUGGAAACCCCAGAAACUGGUUGUGACGGCUGCUGUUCUUUACUGUAUGGUUAGUAUAAUCCAUGUAGGGUCCAGUUAUUUGUAUGGGCCAGUGUUAGGUAAGUGCUGGUUUUGUACCCUACAUCUAUGUUAAGCUGUUCAACGUUCUACUAACACUAUUUUAUGUAGUUAUAAUAUAAUAAGAUAAUAAAUUGAGACAGCUGAGAGAGUUUAUCUGUUUGAAUGUCCUUAAAUUACAGUAUUCCAAACAGCAGAACUUCUGUGUAUGUGAUGUGACUGAUAACCUGACAUGGUUUAGCCUUUUCCCACACCUACUACUUGCCUGAUCAGCCUGCUCUCAGCUUUCUCAUUUUUCUGUGUUGUAUUGAAGCGGUGUUCUAAAUGUAAAAUGACUGACAUUUUAUUUUAAUGUGUAGAUUGUCUUUGAGAACUGCUCACCUGUGGAGAUUGCAGUGGCAAAGUGUUCCUGUGUAGCUGGAACAGCACUCUGCAACCACAAUGUUGCACUGCUGUUCCAGACCGCACACUACUCCACACUCAACCUGGCUGCUGUACCCCCUGUCCUCAGCUGCACUGAAACAGAGCAGCGAUGGCACAAGCCAAGAACCAUGGGUGUGAAACCAGGCAGAGUGAGUGACAUGGUGUUCAUUUCCACUAAGCCAAAGCAGUUUACAGUUGCUGACGGUGUAAGGAGUACACGUUACAAGGCCGUGCGGGGGGAGCUGCCAGACCCAGAUGUCCUCAAAGUCAGCGAGGUAUACAAGGACUUCUCAGCAGACAUCGCACCACUGAUCACCACCAUGGCUAUAAGUGUGGACGUGCCACUGGUUAACUCCACCUUUGGAAAAGUUCAGGAAGGUAGCCCUAUCUCAUACCAGCAUCCACUACCUCUUAGCCGGGUUAUAGUGCGUCACCCAGAUGCCCCUCCACCACCACCUCUACCUGUGGAUGGCUAUAGGCUGGAGCCUACCACCUGUGAGUUUGUGUGCAGUCACCAACAGCACCUCCAUCUACUGUCACUUGCGACAACAUUGCUCAUGGCAAGGAAAAUCGAGGUGGCCACAAGGGAGCAGAGCGACAGUGUGGAAUGGCACCGUGUUAGGAGGCCAAGAAUAACUUCUUCCCGUUUCAGGGAAGUAUGCCAUGUUCGAGGUCAGAGUUCGGCUGAAAACUUAGCACAACGGAUUCGGAAGGGAGUGGCGCAAACGGCAUCAAUGAAGAGGGGACUGGCACUGGAACCGGUUGCCAUCCAGGAAUACUGCCGGAUUAAAAACACCAAUUACUGGCCGUGUGGGUUUGUCAUUCACCCAGAUGCCCCCUGGUUAGGGUCAUCUCCUGACGGUCUGGUGUUUGACCCAACUGAGAGCCCACCUUUUGGACUUGUAGAAAUAAAAUGCCCAAAUGCAAAAAGUUAUGUGGACUGUAGCUACUUAAAAAUGCAAAGUGGCACAUUAAAACUGAAGCAGUCUCAUAGCUACUAUUGGCAGGUGCAAGGCCAGCUCCUACUCACAGGGAUGGAGUGGUGCGAUUUUGUCGUUUUUGCAGAGGAGGAUAUCCUUAUACAGCGUAUCUGCGUAUCUGGCUACAACCAUUAG